AUGGCCAGCUACGACCGCAACGUCGUCGUCAACUGCCUCAAGAGGCACUACGAGCUGCUGGUGCGCAUGGGGUACAUGGACGCCUCGGCCGUCGAGCUCCCUCCCGCCGCCGGCUGGAGCGACGCGGAGCUCCGCGUCGACGCCCUCCGGGCCAUGGGCCGCUCUGAGACCGUCAUUGAUCUCCUGCGGCACAUCCCCUACGUUCAUGAGAACGAGGAGGCGGAUCCUGUCGAGGUGUACACCGAGACGUUCCCGCUCCGGUACCUGCGCAACGGGCGGUGGUUUGGCGGCGGCAACGGUAGUGGUAGCGGCGACAGCGGUGAAGAGUUUGCAAACACGCCGCUUUUGGACCUUGGGUUUGCGCCGUUUGACGGGCCUGUGCCGGCGGAUAUGGUCUCGUUGACGCAUGCGGAUGAGGGCACCUGGUGGUUGAUUGACACAAGUCAAGGAUGCAUCUACCCGUAUGGGACCGAGUUUGACAAGCGCGAAGAGGAUGUUCCCGUGGACAAGCAGUGGCUUGUUGUGGAUCCGGUGCCUGUCCAGGCUUACUUUGACAAGAUUUACUCUCAGGUCGGGAACUUGGAUGUGGUGCCGGCGCCCCGCUCUGGCAAGUGGGAGGCGAGAGUUGUUGAGGAGUACACCGAGGAAGGCCAGGAGGUGAAGAGGCUGUAUCUUGAGCACGGGUGGCCUAAUGCUUUCCGCAGAGAGGAGUUCAUCCAGGCUGUUGAGAGAACUCGGGCGUCGUUUAUUGAGGCUGGGCUGGGACAUGAUGAUGAUGAUGAUGAGGAUGAUGAAAUGACCGGUUAG